CGUCGUCGAGUCGUACUCGUGUGGCCGUUCAUUUGUCAGGUUUGUGGCGCACAUGUUAUGAUUACCGUACCGAUGAAUGUACGUGUAUGACUGAUGCAUGGUUGAUCAGAAUCCGCGAUCAAGCCCACUUGUGCUCGGAGAACAGAAGAAAAUGCCGAACGUGAAAGUAUUCAGUGGGUCAUCCCACAUCGAUCUUGCCCAGAAGAUUGUGGACAGAUUAGGGUUGGAAGUUGGUAAAGUUGUCACCAAGAAAUUCAGCAAUCAAGAAACUUGCGUUGAGAUCGGUGAAAGUGUGCGCGGUGAAGAUGUUUACAUUGUACAGAGUGGAUGCGGAGACAUCAAUGAUAACUUGAUGGAGCUGCUGAUCAUGAUCAAUGCCUGCAAGAUUGCAUCUGCCUCUCGGGUCACAGCUGUCAUUCCUUGUUUCCCAUAUGCUAGACAAGACAAGAAAGACAAGAGCCGUGCCCCCAUCUCGGCCAAGCUGGUUGCUAACAUGUUGUCUGUCGCUGGAGCAGAUCACAUCAUCACCAUGGACCUCCAUGCAUCACAGAUACAGGGAUUCUUUGACAUUCCUGUGGACAACCUGUACGCUGAGCCGGCUGUGCUGAAGUGGAUCAAGGACAAUAUUCAGAACUGGGAGAAUUCCAUCAUUGUCUCACCAGAUGCUGGGGGUGCAAAGAGGGUCACGUCUAUUGCAGAUCGACUAAAUGUAGAAUUUGCCCUGAUCCACAAAGAGCGCAAGAAAGCGAAUGAGGUGGCCUCGAUGGUGUUGGUUGGUGAUGUGAAGGACCGUGUAGCAAUCCUUGUAGACGACAUGGCAGAUACAUGUGGGACAGUCUGUGAAGCCGCCAACAAGCUGAGAGACGCUGGGGCCCUCAAGAUCUACGCCAUCUUGACUCAUGGCAUCUUCUCAGGGCCGGCCAUCUCCCGCAUCAACAAUGCCUGCUUUGAGCAGAUUGUGGUGACCAAUACCAUCCCUCAGGAGAAUAACAUGAAGCAGUGCAGUAAGAUCACAGUAAUCGAUAUUUCCAUGAUGUUGGCCGAAGCGAUCAGGAGAACACACAACGGGGAAUCGGUGUCCUAUCUCUUCAGCCAUGUGCCCCUCUGAACUACUUGUGGAAAUCUUCUGUCAAACUGUUACGCCACUUGUUUUCUUCACGGCAUUGCAUGCCCUGCAGUCCACUUGUUAAUAUUACCAUAGGGUUGUCAAAAGCUGCACGUUGCCAGUAUUGUUGCCGUUGGAUUUUUGAUGCACUGUCAGAAGUUUGAUGAAGGGGUUCAGAAAAAGUAAAAACUGAUGGAAGAUCUGACCCAUAUUGAGAGGCAGGUUGUAUCAGCCAAGUAGACAGAUUUAGUCAAGUAGACGAAUCUGUUUUAAGGAUGUAUUUUUUGUGUUAAAAAAUCCAUUUUGCACCACCCCCAUGACCCAAAACCAGAUUUGCACAUGCAAAGAGACUCGGAGAAGAGUGUUUUUCCAUUUUGGAUAAGUCUUCUCUUGGCUGACACUUUGUAUUUAUCACACCUAAAUAGGUUAUGUAUGAUGAAUCAUUUUUACUUUGAUUACUUUGUCACUUUCUUCUUGCAUUGAGACAUUGAGUACUGACUGUUCUGCUUUGAAGCUGUGUGUUUUUUUGUUCUUUGGGUUUUUUUUUCAUUUAAUUCAGGAUUAAUGUAAUAACAGACUGGCAGAUGUGACUCUAUUCCAUUUUGAAGGUAAUACAUAUGUGAUAGGGCAAUCUGAAACAUUUGUUUGAGACUGGAUGAGGAGAAUGAACACUGAUAAUGCCCAAGCAGAAGCCAAGAGACUACAUCAGCAUCCAUUCUCCUGAGAUGGUCUUAAACAUACAGUUAAGACUGCCCAAGCACAUUUAUUUCCUUUCAUAAAUAUCUUUGUCACAAAGUCAAAACCAGUUUUACAAAAUCAUAAAUUUGCAAUGAUUUUGUCACCAGUGUUACUUCAAUUUGUUUUCAAACACACCUCUAUGCUCUAGCUACAUUCUGGCAGGUUCCCGUAGUGACUUGUCAUAAUCUCCUCGUAUGGAGAUUGGCACACAUUGCGCACUUUGUAUGAAGUGGUGCACAGCCAGCUGGCAUUUUCUCAACUUUGAAAGAUCAGCCAUGUGACAGGCUCUCAACCACUGGGAAUGGCGAAACUAUUUUGGUGUUUAUGAAUGUUGCUUUGAGCAAAGUUGAAUAAAUUUAGUCUUCACACUCUCAGUAGUACCACAGUAAGACAUGUUUGUUUCAUGGGAAUCAAACUACAUUUGAACUAUGUCAAUUUGGGUAAAAAUUACAUUUGAUAAGCCAUGAUAUAUAAUGGUUUGUCUUGAAAUGAAGUGUAGAUGUUGUAUUGGUAUGGAAAUGAGCAGGGUCAGUUGAAUUAGGCAUUUUGGGAUCUGAAAUGAAGAUAAGAUUAACCUAUAAAUUCUGCAAAAGCCUGUAUAUGUUGCUGAGUUCUGAUGAAUUUCAAGAGCGUGCAACUCUGGCAUUCAUACUUCAUUCAUUGUAUAUAUUAUCAAGUCAAAAAAAUUACAAGCUGUGAUUCAAUGCACUUUUCACUUUUAACCAGCCCGAUUGAAGUUAUUUCUGGGCAUUUUCAGGACAAAUAUUACUACAUGUACAUAUACAUGUAGUCCAUGAACAUCAAAUUAAUCAUUUGACACUGAAUGACAUGUAAACACACAUGAUGUCCCUUACUUGUUCCACGGAGAACGUGUUCACUCGUUUGAGAAUUCUGUUGUCAUUUCUGCAGUUAAUGUAUUAACAUGUUAAGCUUGGUUGGGUUGAUGUGCAAUUGCAAGGUUGAAUUUAUGGGUAAAACAACUGGCCCCAGCAGCUUUUUCAGGUGAGAAAAUCCCACGUUAACCUUUUAUCUUGGAAGUUAUUCCGAUUUAAUUUAGUAAAAAGUUUGCCUUUAUUCAUGGUGUACGUUACGCAUAUACUUUUUCUGUGAAAUAGUCAUCAGGAUAUUUGUUCCAGUUCUAAUUAAUCAGGUGGUAUUUUGAAAUUGGACUUUGUUUUUCACAAUAGAUUCACUGAUGGAUAGAAUUCCGUUGAAUUCACUUUGUUACAAUCAACCAAUUAUGUGCUUGUUUAAUGAUGUACAAAUCCCAGUUAAAUAAAUUUGUCCCAAAAUGA